AUGGCCAAGAAAAAUGAUUCCAUAGUAACUGAGUUUGUCCUUGAAGGACUGACAGACAAACCAGAACUUCAGUUGCCUCUCUUCCUCCUGUUUCAAGGAAUUUAUGGGGUCACUGUAGUGGGAAAUGUGGGGAUGAUCCUCCUCAUCACCUUCAGUUCCAAGCUCCAAUCUCCCAUGUACUUUUUCCUUGGUAAUUUGUCAUCCUUAGACCUCUUUUAUUCCUCAGUUGUUACUCCAAAACUCCUGGGAAAUUUUAUAUGGGAGAAAAAUGUUAUUUCUUACCCUGGAUGUAUAACUCAGCUUUUUUUCUUUUGUGUUUUUGCUAUAUCUGAGUGUUACAUGCUCACUGCCAUGGCAUAUGAUAGAUAUGUUGCCAUAUGCAGUCCACUGCUCUACAAUGUCACCAUGUCCCAAAAGGUCUGCAGUGUGCUGGUGACUGGGGUCUACAUCAUUGCCACUUUGGGAGCUAUGGCUCACACUAUCUUCAUGACUAAGCUACCUUUCUGUGGGAACAAUGUCAUCCACCAUUACUUCUGUGACAUAAUUCCUCUCCUAAAGCUCUCCUGUUCUAGUACUUACAUCAAUGAACUUCUGGUGAUACUUGUAGGUGGAUUCAAUGUAUUAGCAACAACUAUGCCCAUCAUCAUCUCUUAUGCCUUCAUACUCUCCAACAUCCUUCGAAUACCCUCAACUCAGGGCCGAUCCAAAGCCUUUGGUACCUGUGGCUCUCAUCUUACAACUGUUGGGGUCUUUUAUGGAUCCAUAAUAUUCAUGUAUUUAAAACCAGCAUCCAGCAGCAACAUGGCCCAGGAGAAGGUGGCUUCUGUAUUCUAUACCACAGUGAUCCCUAUGCUGAACCCUUUGAUCUAUAGCUUGAGGAAUAAGGAUGUGAAAAAUGUUCUAAGCAAAGUCAUGAGUAUGAGGUAUGGACCAUCUCAGGUUAGUAGUAAGAACCAGUAA